CACACCCUAUCGGAGCAGGGUAUGGGCCAUGGUCUAGGCUACUCCGUGGGUUUUAUCUAAGGAAACGUCGUGCUAUCAGCAGGCCCAGACAACGGUCAAGGAAAGGAGCUACGCCCCCUAAAUGGAUCGCAAAGGCACGGUGUGGACUUUUGGCUGAUCUACUGUAUAUCCCUGGGAUCCAACCUUUCUAACAACGGAUCAGUUACUGCAAGAUGAGUUUGGAACUUCAAGAAUCGCAGGAAAGUUAACAAGCUGAUGAAACCGUCUUGAGAGAUGAUGAAUCGCUACACCACCCUGAGGCAGCUGGGGGAUGGCACCUACGGCAGCGUGCUGAUGGGGAGAAGCAACGAGUCAGGAGAAUUGGUGGCUAUCAAGAGGAUGAAGAGGAAGUUUUAUUCAUGGGAAGAAUGUAUGAACCUAAGAGAGGUGAAGUCACUAAAGAAGCUCAACCAUGCGAACGUGGUGAAACUGAAGGAGGUAAUCAGAGAGAACGACCACCUCUACUUUGUCUUUGAGUAUAUGAAGGAGAACCUCUACCAGCUUAUGAAGGACAGAAACAAAUUGUUCCCUGAAUCAGUGAUAAGAAACAUAAGCUUUCAGAUUUUACAAGGCCUGUCAUUUAUUCACAAACAUGGUUUCUUUCAUCGAGACAUGAAGCCAGAGAAUCUGCUGUGCAUGGGUCCAGAACUGGUCAAAAUAGCAGAUUUUGGACUGGCUAGAGAGAUCCGCUCCAAACCUCCCUACACAGACUAUGUAUCAACCAGAUGGUACCGCGCACCCGAGGUCCUGCUCAGGUCGUCUACUUACAGCUCUCCUAUCGACCUGUGGGCUGUGGGCUGCAUCAUGGCUGAACUCUACACUCUCAGACCUCUUUUCCCUGGGAACAGUGAGGUGGAUGAGAUCUUUAAGAUCUGCCAAGUCCUAGGCACCGUCAAAAAGACGGAUUGGUCAGAGGGCUACCAACUGGCUUCUGCUAUGAACUUUCGCUUCCCCCAAUGUGUGCCGACCCACCUGAAGACCCUCAUCCCUAAUGCCAGCAAUGAGGCUAUCGCCCUGAUGAGGGACAUGCUGCAGUGGGACCCCAAAAAAAGACCCACUGCUGUACAGGCCCUGCGUUACCCGUACUUCCAGGUAGGCCAGAUCUUAGGGCCUCGUCCUCAGAGCCAGGAGGUCAAGAAGGUCCAGGCCAGGCCGCUGGCCCAGAACCAGGUCUCGGAGUCCAAGGCUGAUCCCCAGCAGUCUUCCUCUGAGUCCAAAGCCUCCACAUCCUCCUCCAGGAACCAACAGCAGCAACAUCAUCAUCAGCCUCUUCAGCCGAUCCCCCUUCCCCAAACUGAGAGUAAACCAGCCGGCCUCUGCCAGGCAAAAGCAGCAUCGCUGGGCAGCGAGAACAGCAAUGGUGGUGGUGUCGGGAUGGGGGUACUGAAGAGUGGCCGUCGUCGCUGGGGCCAGACGGUGGCCAAGACCUCGGACAGCUGGGAGGAAUCCGACCCCUCGGAAACCGCCGCCUCCAACUCCAAGAAACCCAGCCUGGGGAACGCAGAGGAGCAGAGGAGCCCUAAGGAACACCGCCCACAGCCCAAGGAGCAGAAACCUCUGUAUUCCUUCAGCACAGUCACUAAGCUACCCAACAAUGUUAAGAUUGGUCAAAUGGACUCCAAUCUCCCAGGAUCUGCUGCGCGACAGCACUAUCUGAGCCAGUCACGAUACUUGCCAGGGUUGAUCGGCAAGAAUCAGACUCCUGGAGAGAAGGAGCUGAGUGGUAUGACGCUGCGGGACCUGUGGGAGAACUCCUCAAACACUGUAAAUAAACCGCUUGCUCCUAUUGGAGGAGGAUUAUCUGUCAUCAGAGCCAACGCAGAAGAGAAUGCUUCUAAAUCUGAGGAUAGCCCACCAGAGAAAACGGUUGUUAAAGAGAGAAUACUGGAGAAACUUGAUCUCUCCAAAGGGAACUUUGUAAGCACCAAAUACAACCUCUCUGGCGGUUAUAUCCCAUCAUUCCAAAAGAAAGAGGUGGGCUCAGUUGGACAGAGAAUCCAGCUUGCCCCUUUGGCUGGCCAGCACACAAAUUACGAGGGCUGGAAGAGGAGGGCAGACAGGACUCAGAUGAAGGGGAGCAGCUACUCAGCCCUGGGGAAAACCUCUGGGAGUCUCCUGAGCAGAGCUCCGCCCGUGCAGCCUGUCCACGGCAGGGUGGACUGGACAUCCAAAUAUGGUGGAAAUCGGUAGUUCAGAAAGAGGGUCAUACAGCUUCUACUGCUUGUUGCACUGUGUAGCCUACAUCUUUGGCUAAGGAAGUUGACCCUACGCUGUAAACACACUCAAACCUGAAAGGAAUUAUAUCUUCAAUAUGGAGGUAUCUGGUAGAGGACAAAAAGUAGUUACAAAAGAUUUACUGUACAUCCCACAUUCUUUGAGGAGACAUUUUCAAUGCCACACUGGGAUCAUUAAUUGGUUUCCAGAGACGUAGGAUCUAACUGUAAAAGUGCACAGAGUCUCUAUGUUUUGGAGAUGACGGCUGCCAUGAUGCUGAACCAAGACUAAUACAGUCUGCAAGACAAUCCCACUGUUCCUGAAGGAUCCAGUGUGAGCCAAUUCUACGGUUAGUGUUGGAGUAUUUUGAGAAGGAUUUCAUUGUACCUUAGCUUUUCAUUUUUAUAAUCCAGUUUAUUAUUAUUUUCAAGUAUUGUUUUACUACUGACGCCAAGCAUAAAUGGUCAUUUAUUAACGGCUCCUGCAAUGCUAUGUUCCCUCGGCUUUUAGUCUCACAAAGAAAAAAUCUUCAGUGUAACCGCUACAGAAAUGAUUACUUCAACUUAUUCUGUGUACCGUAAGACAACUGCACACCUCUUUGUAUUAUGCAAUGAAUUAAGUGAACAUUUUGUAAACAUUUUAUACAAAUAAAUCUAUAAAAAGUU